UGUAACGACACUCUCUGCCACUGACCUUGACCUGGGAUCUUUCUUGUCAGCGAAUGCUGCAGUAUCUGCAUGCAUGAGCAGUAUAUAAGCUCGGAUCUCCCUGUUCCCUGAUUUCUCCCCCUGACGGUUUCGACCGAGAAAAUGCUACAACCACGAAUACCUUUCCGGGCCUUUUGUAGGGGUUGCCAAAGUGCGACGCCUGUCUGGCGCAGGUCUUACGCUCAAGUCAUCGACCCAGUCCACCCAAGCACCUCAGUUCUAGACACAGCUCAUGCCAACCCUCCCUUGGCUGAACCCGAAGACCGCGUCGGGCCUGCGAAAGGGGAAGUUAGACUUCGCCGAUACACUCCACGAACUCCAGGUAUCCGUCAUUUGAUCAGACCCGUAAAUGAUCAUUUGUGGAGAGGUCGUCCCUGGUAUCCGCUUACAAUCCCCAAAAAGGGCCAUGCAAGAGGAGGUCGAAACAAUACUGGUCAUGUUGUGGUUCGACACCGUGGCGGUGGUCACAAGAGGAGGAUACGAACUGUGGAUUUUAUGCGGCAACAAGGUGGAAAACAUUUCGUGGAGCGUAUCGAGCAUGAUCCUGGCCGGUCAGCCCAUAUUGCCCUGGUGAGGAAUCUGGAAACAAAUGAACGGACCUAUAUCCUUGCAGCCGAAGGUCUACGGCCUGGUGAUACUGUCGAGAGUUAUCGAAGUGGUCUACCAGAACGCCUGAUCAAGGAAAUGGGUGGUACACUGGAUCAGGGUGUCAUUGCAUCCAAGACGGCGUGGAAAGGCAACUGCUUGAAGCUUGGAAUGAUCCCGGUCGGAACUCCCAUUUUCAACAUUGCUCCAACAAAAGAUUCAAUAGGGAAAAUCUGUCGCAGCGCUGGCACGCAUGGAAUCAUCAUCGGCAAGGGCGAAGACAGUGUACAAAAAGAAAUGAUCAAACUCAUUGGCGACAGCGGCAGCCUGGACAUGUCCUCGUUGACCCCGGAUCAGCUGAAGAGGUUCGAAAAGGCCGCAAACUACGUUACCGUUCGGCUUUCGAGUGGUGAAGUCCGCCUGAUCGACAAAGAAGCCGUUGCUACAAUCGGUGUCGCGAGCAAUGUCAACUUCAAGUACAGGUCACUGGGAAAAGCUGGUCGGUCUCGCUGGCUUGGUAUUCGGCCAACUGUGAGAGGUCUGGCUAUGAACGCAUCCGAUCAUCCUCACGGUGGUGGUCGAGGCAAGUCCAAGGGUAACCGUAUCCCUAUGAGUCCUUGGGGUAUUCCGGCGAAAUCCGGCUACAAGACGAGACCGAAGAACAAGAUCAAUGCUAUGGUUGUUACGCCACGGCCCAGGAACCAAGGGAAACGGCGGAGAGGUUAUGCAUAAACGUAGACCGGAUCUUGUACCAAUAUACAAUUCUCUUCAAGACGAUGCUGUCCCUCUAUGGUAUGCUUGGGGAAACCUUUUUCUGUUCCAUGGCUCUGGCCGCCUUGAUGUCAGAAUCAAGCUUCCUGCCAGAAUUGAGUGCUCGACUUUUGAGACCGUAGAGGAUUCUUGGUAUGCAGAUUGGCAUGGAUUGAGCACAUU